AUGAAAUUGCUACAGAGUGACAAAAUACUUGAUGAUACUAAAUGUGAAAGCGGGUUUAAGUUACUACCAAAUGAGCUAAUCCAUACCGGAAAAGUUUCUCAAACAACGAAGAAGAGUGAGAACAUACAGCCAGCCAAUAUGCGUAGAGAUAUGGUUAUGAGCACAACUAAGCAGUGUAUCUGUUCUCUUGCAAAUGUCAUUCCCAGUCCAGGUUCAAGCUUGAGAGACUCAUGA